CAGACCUUCAGCCCUCCAAACCUGUCUAUCCUCUCUUUGAAUUUCCCGUCUCUCACUAUCUGUUCCCACAGAGGAAAGGGUUGGAAAAUCAAUAACAAAAACUUUGGGGGUGUUUUUGAAAGAAUCAUAAACAUGCCGGCCGUCGGUGGAAUUGUCGUCGGGAGUGGCCAAAAGGAGUAUCCCGGCAAACUCACUCCCUUCGUCACUGUGACGUGUAUCGUCGCCGCCAUGGGCGGUCUCAUCUUUGGCUACGAUAUCGGAAUCUCCGGUGGGGUGACGUCAAUGCCGUCGUUCUUAGAGAAGUUCUUCCCGAAAGUGUAUCGGAAACAGCAGAAGGAGAAGUCGACGAACCAGUACUGUCAGUACGACAGCCAGACCCUGACGAUGUUCACUUCGUCUCUGUACCUGGCGGCCCUCGUCUCCUCCCUCGUCGCCUCCACUAUCACCCGUAGAUUCGGGCGGAGGCUGUCGAUGUUCUUCGGCGGUGUUCUGUUCUGUAUCGGAGCCCUCAUCAAUGGCUUCGCCGAACAUGUCUGGAUGCUCAUCGUCGGUCGUAUGUUGCUCGGUUUCGGUAUCGGUUUCGCCAAUCAGUCAGUGCCACUGUACCUGUCGGAGAUGGCACCGUACAAAUACAGAGGAGCACUGAACAUAGGGUUCCAGCUGUCGAUCACCAUCGGAAUCCUCGUGGCCGAGGUCCUGAACUACUUCUUCGCCAAGAUCCACGGCGGCUGGGGAUGGCGGCUCAGCCUCGGCGGAGCGGUGGUCCCCGCCCUUAUCAUCACCGUCGGAGCUCUGGUCCUACCCGACACUCCAAACUCCAUGAUCGAACGCGGCAAACACGACAAAGCCGAGAAAAAGCUCCGGCGAAUCCGCGGCGUUGAUGACGUCAGCGAAGAGUUCAACGACCUGGUCGCCGCGAGCAAAGCAUCUCAGAUGGUGGAGCAUCCAUGGAGGAAUCUUCUGAGGAGGAAAUACAGACCGCAUCUGACAAUGGCGAUCAUGAUUCCGUUUUUUCAGCAGUUGACAGGGAUUAACGUUAUUAUGUUCUACGCGCCAGUUCUGUUCAACACGAUCGGUUUCACGACAGAUGCUUCGCUCAUGUCCGCAGUCGUUACUGGCUCUGUCAACGUUGCUGCAACUUUGGUCUCUAUCUAUGGCGUCGACAAGUGGGGAAGAAGGUUUCUUUUCCUCGAAGGCGGGACCCAGAUGCUCAUCUGUCAGGCUGUGGUUGCGGCAUGCAUUGGAGCCAGGUUCGGGAUAGAUGGAACACCAGGGGAGCUUCCGAAAUGGUACGCCAUCGUGGUGGUGACGUUCAUAUGCAUAUACGUAGCGGGGUUCGCAUGGUCAUGGGGACCGCUCGGAUGGUUAGUGCCGAGCGAGAUCUUCCCGCUGGAGAUACGGUCGGCGGCGCAGAGCAUAAACGUGUCGGUGAACAUGAUCUUCACCUUCAUCGUGGCUCAGAUCUUCUUGACGAUGCUCUGCCAUCUGAAAUUCGGGCUCUUCUUGUUCUUCGCCUUCUUCGUGCUGGUGAUGUCGAUAUUCGUGUACGUGUUCUUGCCCGAGACGAAAGGGAUUCCGAUCGAGGAGAUGAACCGGGUGUGGAGGUCGCAUUGGUAUUGGUCGAGAUUCAUGGAGGAUUCCGAGUUCGAGAAUGGGUUCGAGCUCGGGAAUGGUAAGGGCAACGCUCAAGCUCCUAAGAAUGUAUGAUUUUCUGAUUUCGGAUUCGUUUCCUUAAUUUGGAUCUUAUAGAUUUGUAUUUGUUGGUGAGAUGAUGUUAGUAUAGAUAUAUGACAAAACAAGAAAAAAAAAAAACAUGUAUUUAUUGUUGUUAUUAUUUGGUUUGGCAUAUAUUUAUAAUAACCAAAGGCAAUAUAAAUUGCAAUGGGUUUGAUUAAAAA